CUGGUCAACUGAAAGUUGAGAAAAAGUUUAUCUUGGGUCUCGCCCACUUCUUGUCUUUAUUGACUUUCUUUGGCCUCUGAGAAAAGAGAAAGGCUACCUACAGAAAAAAGAAAUCACGAAAGUUAUCUACCCACUGGGUGGGAGCUGGGUUGGGUAACUGAGGCGGCCGCUCUCCUCCCCUCACUGCUUGCAGAGAUAAGAGAUGAAAAACCACAAAACACCACCAGUUCACCCUCAGCUCAAGGGAGUCACGCUUGCUUACAAUGGCUGAGUCUGAUGAGAAGCUGGCAGAUGACAAGAGCAGCAGCCUUAAAAGGAGCAAAAAGAAGAAAAAGGGGGAUGAUGCCUGGAGACCAAAAGGGCCCAAAGACCCGUUUGCCUUGCUGGAUGCUCUGCCAGAGAAGAAGCAGCAGGAGAUCCAGAGAGCCCUUCACCUCUUCUCCUUGGAACCGGGACUGCCAAAGACCCUGCAGCAGGCUAAGAAACACACCUACUGCUUCUGGGACACGCAGCCUGUCCCUAAACUGGGUGACAGCAUUACAAUCCAUGGCCCCGUAGUAGAAGGUGAGGCAAGUAUCCGGAAGGAGCCUUACUCGCUGCCUCAGGGCUUCUCCUGGGAGACUCUGGACCUGAGCAGCCCUCCAGUGUUGAGAGAACUAUGCAGUCUACUAAAUGAGAACUACAUGGAAGAAGAUGAUAACACCAUCAGGUUGGACUUCUCUCCGGAGUAUCUGCAGUGGGCUCUGCAGCCUCCUAACUGGGUAUCUCACUGGCAUUGUGGUGUAAGAGUAGACACCAAUAAGAAGUUAGUCGGCUUCAUCGCUGCUGUUCCUGCAGAUGUUCGCAUUUAUGAGAUGGAGAGGCGGGUGGUACAGGUCAAAUUCCUGUGUGUUCAUAAGAAGCUCCGCCUCAAGCGAAUGCCUCCAGUUCUGAUCCGAGAGCUCACCAGACGGGUCAACCAGCAGGGGCUCUGCCAGGCUGUCUACACCGCUGGCAUAGUUCUGCCGACACCAAUAAGCUCCUGCAGACUUUGGCAUCGCCCGUUGAAUCCACGCAAGCUAAUGGAGGUCAACUACCCGGGACUGAGACAGAGCAUGAACCUGCAGACAGCUCUGAAGUUCAACCGCUUACCUGAGGUGACAAAAGUACAAGGUCUGCGUCCAAUGACCAAAGAAGAUGUUCUGGGGAUACACUCGCUACUCCAGGCAAACUUCUGCAACUUUCACCUCAGGCCCCUCUUGUCCAUGCAAGACGUGGAGCAUUUGUUGUUGCCGAGGGAGAAUGUGAUUGACACCUAUGUGGUCGAGGGGGGAAAUGGUGCUCUGACAGGUGUGGUGAGUUUCUACAGCAUCUCCUCCAGAGUGCUGAAUCAUCCAGUUCACACUUGCCUCAGAGCAGCUCGUCUCCUUUACGUUGUCUCUACUGCCACGAAGCUGGUUGACCUCAUGGAGGACACCCUGGUCCUGGCAAAAUCUAAAGGUUUCGAUGUCUUUGCUGCGCUCGAUGUGAUGGAUAACAAGAGUUUCCUGGAGAAGCUCAAGUUCGGUGUCAGCGACCAGAGCAUUCAUUACUACUUAUACAACUGGAUGUGUCCUAAUAUGAGUCCAGACAAGGUUGGCCUUGUGUUCCCCAACUGACCCGCUACUGAACAAGGGUAAAGUGGCAGAAUGGUGAAGGACUGGCAGGACACUGGACAUCAAGCUGCAUCAACAUCAACAAACAUGAAUUUGGGUUUUUUUUGAAAAAACGCGCAUUCAAAAAUCAAGGAAAUUGAUAAAGAUUAAAUUGCAUUUGUAAGUGCUUCCAUCAUCUUUAUGGAAGUUAUUUACUGGAAAAUAUUGUUUUUGACAUAAUCCUAACACCAGUUUGUGUGCGUGCACUCAAGGCUGUAUUAGUCUCUGAUCAUUUUCUCACACACACACACACACACACACACACACACACACACACACACACACACACACACACACACACACACACACACACACCAAUCUGUCCUCUCAUAUUUCCAUGCAAUUCAAUUUCAGUUUGCAAAGCAGUAAAUACACAAUGUCAGAAAUAAAGGCAAUCAAAUUAAAUCGUUAUUUGUUUCAGAAGUGUGAAAAUGAAACAUCAGCAAGCUUUUUUUUUUUUUGAGACCAAAAGAAAAAUGCUUUAAAGUCAAUAAUGCUUUCACAAGCUAUAAAUCUGUAGCUCUCAUGCAGUGUGAGAUUUUGUUUUUGUUUACAUU